AUGCCUCGUAACCUCCCUGCUGACUGCUUAAAUGAAAUUUUUGAAUAUUUGGAAGAUGAUGAUUUACAGUCGUGCUUACUUGUAAGCCGAUUUUGGUGUGAAACUUCUGUUCAAAUUUUUUGGAGAGAAAUUCAAAAUUUUAAUACUUUACUCAUUUGUCUUCCUAAUAAUUCAAAAACUAUUUUAUCUGAGAAUGGAGUUACAAUUUCGGCCUCAGCUUCAAGACCCCCAUUAUUUCAUUACACGGUGUUUAUCAAGAGUCUUUGGAUUGAUGAAAUUUGUCAAUCAAUUAUAAGAUUUAUUCUUCCUAUUUAUCAUCAUAUUAAUAUGGAAGACUUUGAAAAAAAUCAACAUUUUAUCGUGAUAGCACGAGAAAUAUUUAAAAUGUUAAUGAAUCAAACCUCUCUUAAACAUUUAUGCUUUUUCACUCGUAAAAACUUAAACUUACCAUGUUUCAACUAUCCUGGAGAAGAUGAUUGUUUAAGAGAUCUUACUGAAUUGAAGUGUGGUUCAGAUCUUUAUCCUGAUAUUUUUUAUAAACUAUCUCAACUUUGUCACAAUUUACGAUCACUAAAGAUAAUUUUUGGAAAUAGCGUCUCAAAUGGAUUAUCAGAAUUAGUUUCUGUUCAAAAACAUAUAAAGUGCUUGGAGUUGAACUUUUGUGAUUUAUGGGCAAAUAAAAGUCAACCAUUUACAAAUUUUCCUAAUACAUUAACCAAGUUAUGUAUAUCUCAAGGACGUUAUCGUAUACCAUGGUCACUCAUUUCGAAACUUUCGAAUUUACAAGAACUUUCAUUAGCAUUAUCUAACGAAAUAGGUGGUUUAAAAGAUUUUAAAAAACUUCAACAUUCUGUCUUUCCGCAAUUGCAGAUUUUAAAAUUUGAAAGUGGAUGUCCAGAUGGUGAAUAUCUAAUUAAAUUCUUGGAAAAUAAUGGAAAGAAUUUAAAUGAUCUUAUUCUUUGCAAAAUUAUUGAUGGCACAUUAAAUUUGGAUAUAGGCAAAUUUUGUCCAAAUCUAAGGUCAUUAUGCACUGCAUUUCCAGAUGGAGACAUAAAAUCACUAAAAGUGAUUUUUAAUGCUUGUCAACAAUUAGAAACCAUGAAGAUGAUUUUUGGUGAUUUCCUUGUAAAUGAGCGUGAAUUAUUAGAGAUUGUUGUAGAAUUUUCACCUAAAAAGUUUUAUAAUUUAUCAGUUUAUUUGGGAGUUCUAGUAUUUCCGGAAACAACAUUUCAAUGGGGAUUAAGGUCUAUCUUGGAACGCUGGGCGAACAGGAAACCAUGUAUUCCACUUUCUUUGUCUAUUAAAUCGAAUUCAAAAAUGGAUAUAAAACUGUCAAAAAGUAAUAUCAAAAUAAUUGAAGAGUUUAAAAAAUUGGGCGCCAUUAAAAAAUUCAAAAUUAAAAUUUAA